AGGCUGUGAGUAUUGUCUUUGACACCGACUACAGCAUAUAUAUUUUUUCAUUUUCAACUUUCUCAUCACAUUUUAUUGUAAGUAAAUGACCAACAUUACAAUUUAAUUUUUUUUUCUGAUUCAAAAAUUUGAAAAAAUGUUUUCUUCAUUUUUCUCACCCCUUUUCAAUACUAUGUGAGAAACUGCUUAACUUCCUAUUUGUCCCUUUCAUCCCAACAGCUUCGUCCCCUCCAAGAUGAACUUGAGUGGUGCGUUCGCACCCCCACUGUGGUACCAAUACCAAAUGUGCGCCGUGGCCCCGUACGGCUUUGUCUUCUACUACGGCAUCAAGGUGUUCAACCUGGUGGUUGGGGCCCCCUGCAACGGCCUGGUCAUUUGGCAGAUCGCCGCCAAGAAAAGCAACCCGUGCACCUCGGACGUGUUCAUCCUCAACCUGGCUAUCCUGGAUGCGUACUUCUGUCUCAUGAUGCCUACCGAGCUGCUCAACUCGCUGCUGCUGGAUGACGCGCGGAUCUGGUACCUGCAGAGGUUCUCAUAUGGAGUCAAGGACGCGGGGGUGCUCUUCUUGGUGUGUGUCUGCCUGGACCGUUACAUGGCGGUGGUGCACCCCAUGCUGUUCGCCAGCAUCCGGGACCACAAAAUCCGCACGGGCAUCUGCUUGGUGGCAUGGGCAGUGAUCACGGCGUACGCCCUGGCUAAGUGCAUCCUCGGCUCCAUGAGCGUCAACGGCGUGUUCAGCGGCGUGGUGCUCUUCGCCCUGGCCAUCAUGGUGCUGUGCAAUAUCUCCGUCAUCUGGGUGCUGCGCCGCUCCGUGGCCGGCAAGGAGGUCAUGCACCCGGCCAAGAAGAAGGCCCUCAAAAUGGUGCUCAUCGCCCUGGCCAUCAUCGUGAUCAAUUACCUGCCGCCCGUGCUCAUGCCCUUUGCGCCUUACUACUCCAUGAUGCAGUUCCAAUGCCAGAUCCGCAUCAGCGUGUACUCCAUCAUGGACCUGAGCUGCAGCGUGGAGCCGCUCCUCUUCGUCACCAAGAUGGAGUGCGUGGGCGGUCGGGGCUGCGGGUGCUGCGUCGUCAGCGCGCCGCACCGCGUCGCCGCCUGAUGUAUAAACUCACGGACUAACAAUGCUUAAUACACACCAUUGGGAGAACAGAAGCCACUGGCAGCCAUCUUCCGUUGCCAUCGUACUAAGUCCUCCAACCAUGAAUUUUAAUUGGAAAGGUUUUCAUGUUAUUUUCUCUCUCCGGCAAGAAUGCCGCAGUUCAUCAACAACCUGUGUGGAAUGUAUGCGCUGCUUGCUCCCUGGUGACCAGCGUUAUAAACCCUCGUAGCAGGACAAUCCUCAUUCAAUUAUCAGGAUUCACACAAACGGUUAAAGGUCUUCAGAUGCUAUUGUGUUGUCCUUGCAUGUUUUUUUAGUGUACUAUUUUUGUUCUCAAGAUGACUUUUAAAAACAAAUCUUGUA